UUGUGCAGGUGUGUGUCUUCACCACAGACGCCAAGUUUACCAUCUAGAGGUUCUUAGACCUGUUUUAUUUUUCCAAUAUCUGGUACACGAAGGAAAAAAAGAAAGUUGUCGAUAUUUUAGAGUUAAUAUUCUUGCAAUAUUGAGUAGAUAAGGGGCUGAAUGUGUUGAAACCAUACAACAGGCCUGUGUGUUUUUUAAGGUUCCAGGAGCAAAUUUGUUUGCUUGAGUGGUCCCGCUUACCAUGUGUUUAGGUUUUUCUUAUUAAGCAAAAUAGUUUUUUGGAUUAUGUGAAGUGCAACCCUUGUAGGAUUUUAAGCUGCAACAGUGUUUUAACCUUAACUAAGAUAGCUUGGAUGUGUCUAGUGUUGUGAUCGUGCAUUUGCUGGAACAAGUGUUUGUUAGGAAAGUGUGUGCCUAUUUUUUUUUUUUCUGUUGAGUAUCUUCUCUGCAAUUGUUGAGGCCAUGAAAGAAGAGAUAGCCGCCGCUGUGUUUUUCAUUGCCCGGCUGGUAAAGAGAUACAGCGGUCUAGAUGGGGACGGUAGGAUGCGCUUCGCAGCCGCUCUGACGUCAUUACUGUUUGAGACUUAUAAAAACCACUGGGAGCCCAGCACACCAUGCAAAGGACAGGCGUACAGGUGUCUGCGAAUGAACCGAGUCAUGCUGAGGGACCCGGUGUUGGAGCAGGCCUGUGUCCGGAGCGGCGUGCGAUACGAGGGUCUGGGCCUGCCAAGGGAGCUCACCCUGUGGGUGGACCCAGGGGAAGUGUCCUGCAGAUAUGGCGAGAACACGGCUCCGUUCUGCGUAUCGCUGCUGAGUGGCGACAACCGCAGUGACCGGGAGUUCUCUCACCGCAUCCAGCGUGCGGUGGAGCGGGCCAGCCUGGACGUCCCCUCGGGGGCCUCCUCGGACGACGAGGAAGACGUCUCGUGCGGAGACACCAGCCGGAGCAGCAGCAGCUGCAGUAGCGGCAACCCAUCGGUGUCCCUCCAUCUCCCCGCGUCCGCCCCUCUCUCCCGACCAGAGCAGAAGACGAUCCCGACUGUCAGCAACCCCAACAGCAUCUACCAGUUCAACGAGUUUGCCACUAGCGUGCCCCAGCCCUGGGUCAACUACCCCAAGAGGAAGGCUUUUACCGGGGACGGAUUUCCGCCUCACUUCCCUACUGCUGCUGCCCUUCCUCCUCCGGGCCCCCAGUUCCAUGGGCAGAAGGCGUUUAGGUCCCAUCGACCAAGUUUGUCCUUUUCUGGCCCUCGUGUUGACAAGUACCAUUGGGUGAGCAAGUCCCGCUCAUAGGCUUGGACCACAUCCAGAACCUGGAGAGCUUAAUUUGUUCAAAGGUGCCGAAAAUCACUGUAGUCAGCUGCUCGUGACCUUGAAAGAAGAAUUAUUAAUUAUUAUUAUAUGAAUUAAGAAUUAUGGAACUUUUUUACAGGAUAAAAAAACGUUACGAUCUGACACAAAAUGAUUGUGUCUUGACGGUUGUAUUUUUAAAGGAUAACUGUUGAAUGAUUUAAAUUGUGAAGAUUAUGGUUUAAAGUGAUGCUGCUUAAGCAUGUUUUAAAAGUUUCAACUAUUUUAAAUAAAACAUAACUUCUAAAUGUAUUUUCAAGUAAUCUAAAUUUGUAUCAGAUGUAAAUAAACGGUUGA